GCCGGGGCGGCGGGGCCAUGGCGGCCCCGGACAGCUGUGUCAAGGUGGCGGUGAGGAUCCGUCCCCAGCUGUCCAAAGAGAAGAUUGAGGGAUGCCACAUCUGCACCUCUGUAACGCCUGGAGAACCUCAAGUGCUUCUAGGGAAAGACAAGGCCUUUACCUAUGACUUUGUCUUUGACCUGGACACGUGGCAGGAGCAGAUCUACACAACGUGCGUGGGCAAGCUCAUUGAAGGCUGCUUCGAGGGCUACAAUGCCACAGUGCUGGCGUAUGGCCAGACUGGUGCAGGGAAAACGUACACCAUGGGCACUGGCUUUGAUAUGAAUAUCUCCGAGGAUGAGCAGGGCAUCAUUCCCCGGGCCAUCGGCCAUCUCUUCAGCGGCAUCGAGGAGCGCAAGCGGGCUGCGCAGAGCCAGGGCACAGCAGCACCUGAGUUCAAAGUCAGUGCCCAGUUCCUGGAGCUGUACAAUGAAGAGAUUCUGGACCUGUUUGACAGCACCCGUGACCCUGAUGCUCGCCACCGCAAAUCCAACAUCAAAAUCCAUGAGGACGCCAGUGGGAGCAUCUAUACCACAGGAGUCACGUCACGCCUCAUCAGCUCACAGGAUGAGCUGAUCCAGUGCCUGAAGCAAGGGGCUCUUUCCCGCACCACCGCCAGUACCCAAAUGAAUGUACAGAGCUCCCGAUCCCAUGCCAUCUUCACCAUCCAUCUGUGCCAGAUGAGAGUGUGCACCCAUCCGGAGAUGGUGAAUGGGGAGGUGACCGGCCUCCCAGACGGAGCCCAGCCCACCACUGAGUAYGAGACCCUCACAGCCAAGUUUCACUUUGUCGACCUGGCCGGCUCGGAGAGGCUGAAGCGAACGGGUGCRACAGGAGAGCGAGCAAAGGAAGGCAUCUCCAUCAACUGUGGGCUGCUGGCCUUGGGGAAUGUCAUCAGUGCCCUCGGAGACCAGAGCAAGAAAGUUGUGCACAUUCCCUACCGUGAUUCCAAGCUCACUCGUCUGCUGCAGGAUUCCCUUGGGGGCAACAGCCAAACCAUCAUGAUCGCCUGUGUGAGCCCAUCCGAUCGGGACUUCAUGGAGACCCUGAACACACUCAAGUAUGCAAACCGGGCUCGCAACAUCAAGAACAAAGUGGUGGUAAACCAAGACAAGACAAGCCAGCAAAUCAGCGCCCUGCGGGCGGAGAUUGCUCGACUCCAAAUGGAGCUGAUGGAGUACAAGGCGGGCAAGCGGGUCAUCGGGGAGGAUGGCUCAGAAGGCUACAGUGACCUUUUCCAUGAGAAUGCCAUGCUCCAGAAGGAGAACAACACACUGCGCAUGCGAGUGAAAGCCAUGCAGGAGGCCAUUGAUGCCAUCAAUAGCAGAGUCACGCAUCUCAUGAGCCAGGAGGCUAACUUGAUGCUGGCUAAAGCAGGCGACGGCAACGAAGCCAUUGGUGCCCUCAUCCAGAACUACAUUCGAGAGAUUGAAGAGUUGAGGACCAAACUCCUGGAGAGUGAGUCCAUGAAUGAAUCGCUCCGUCGCAGCCUCUCGCGCGUCUCUGCCAGACCCCCCUACUCCAUGGGCUCAUCCCCAGCACCUGGCUUAGCUGGCCUGAGCAGUCCUGCUGCUGCAUUGGAGACGGAGGCCUCUGAUGUCCUCCGGCGGGCCAAGCAAGACCUGGAGCGUCUCAAAAAGAAAGAGAGAAGGCAACGGAGGAAGAGCCCUGAGAAGGAAGCAUUCAAAAAGUGUCCAAAGCUGCAGCAGGACAAUGGGGAGGAGACCGAUGAGAACGAGGCUGAAGAGGAGGAGGAGGAACAAGAUGAGAGCGGCUGUGAGGAAGAGGAUGGGCGUGAGGAUGAAGAUGAGGACUCGGGGAGUGAAGAGAGCCUGGUAGAUUCGGACUCAGAUGCGGAGGAGAAGGCUGUGAAUUUUCAAGCUGACCUGGCGGAUCUGACAUGUGAGAUAGAGAUCAAACAGAAGCUGAUCGAUGAGCUGGAGAACAGCCAGCGGCGUUUGCAGACCCUCAAGCAUCAAUAUGAGGAAAAACUGAUCCUACUGCAGAACAAGAUCCGGGACACACAGCUGGAGCGGGACCGUGUCCUGCAAAACCUCAGCACCAUGGAGUGCUACACAGAGGAGAAAGCCAACAAGAUCAAGGCAGACUAUGAGAAACGACUGAAGGAGAUGAACCGGGACCUGCAGAAGCUCCAGGCAGCCCAGAAGGAGCACGCUCGGCUGCUGAAGAACCAGUCCCGCUAUGAGCGAGAACUGAGGAAGCUGCAGACAGAGGUGGCCGAGAUGAAGAAGGCAAAGGUUGCCCUGAUGAAGCAGAUGCGGGAGGAACAGCAGCGGAGGCGGCUGGCGGAGACUAAGAGGAAUCGGGAGAUUGCUCAGCUCAGAAAGGAGCAACGUCGGCAAGAGUUUCAGAUCCGGGCUCUGGAGUCUCAGAAGCGGCAGCAGGAAAUAGUAUUGCGAAGGAAAACCCAGGAGGUCUCAGCUCUGCGCCGUCUCGCCAAGCCCAUGUCGGACCGGGUYGCAGGCAGGAUGAGCCAAAAGCCAGCCAUGCUGGACUCCGGUGCGGAGGUCUCCGCCAGCACCACCUCUUCGGAGCCUGAAUCUGGAGCUCGCUCCGUUUCCAGUAUCGUGCGACAGUGGAACCGGAAAAUCAAUAACUUCUUGGGAGACUCCUCGCCCUCCAUGAAUGGAACUCGGCCUGCCAGGAAGAAGUUCCCUAAAAAGGGGACAAGCCAGACCUUCAGCAAGGCUGCCCGUCUCAAAUGGCAGUCUCUGGAACGACGCAUUUUCGACAUAGUCAUGCAGAGAAUGACCAUUGUCAACCUGGAGGCCGACAUGGAGCGGCUCAUCAAGAAACGGGAGGAGUUGGCGCUACUGCAAGAGGCAUUGCUAGGCAAGCGAACAAAACUACAAGCAGAGAGCCCCAAGGAGCAAAAAGGCCUGCAAGAGCUGAAUGAGGAGAUUGAAGUGCUGGGGGCCAACAUAGACUACAUCAAUGACAGCAUUUCUGACUGCCAGGCUACCAUCAUGCAAAUCGAGGAGACAAAGGAAGAGCUGGACUCCACUGACACCUCUGUGGUGAUCAGCUCUUGCUCCCUGGCUGAAGCCCGGCUCCUGCUGGAUAAUUUCCUGAAGGCUUCCAUUGAUAAGGGGCUGCAAGUAGCACAGAAGGAAGCCCAGAUACGCCUACUGGAGGGACGCCUGAGGCAGACAGAUGUGACCGGCUCUUCACAGAACCACAUGAUCCUGGAUGCCCUGCGUGAGAAGGCAGAGUUGCAUCCUGAGCUGCAAGCUCUGAUUCACAAUGUCCAGCAAGAGAAUGGCUACACAAGUACGGAUGAUGAAGUCUCCGAAUUCAGCCUGGCUUCAGAUGGGAGCUUCUCGCAGUCUUUCACCAUGAAGGGCUCAGCCAGCCAGGAUGACUUCAAGUUCAAGGGAGAGCCCAAGCUCUCAGGGCAGAUGAAGGCAGUAUCAGCCGAGUGUCUAGGACCCACACUGGAUAUCUCCACCAAGAACAUCACCAAAUCYUUGGCGUCCCUCAUGGAGAUCAAAGAGGACGGGAUCAGCUUCUCCAUCCGAGACCCCUACUGUAAGGAGAAAGUGUCCCGAACCAUCAGCCUGCCCACACGAGGAAGCACCUUCCCCAGGCAAUCUCGUGGCUCAGACACUUCACCCCUGACAAGGAGGAAAUCCUAUGACCGUGGGCAACCUGCCAGGCCUCCAGAUGUUGGUUUCACACCUCCUUCAUCCCCACCUACCCGGCCACGCAAUGAUCGCAAUGUUUUCUCYCGUCUGACAAGCAACCAGAGCCAAGGGUCUGCCUUGGACAAGUCUGAUGACAGCGAUUCCUCUGUCUCGGAGGUGCUGAGGGGCAUCAUUAAUCCAGUGGGUGGCACCAAGAAUGCCCGGACAGCCCCACUGCAGUGUGUCUCCAUGGCAGAAGGACAUACCAAACCUGUGCUUUGUCUGGAUGCCACCGACGAGUUGCUUUUCACUGGGUCUAAAGACCGGAGCUGCAAGAUGUGGAACCUGGUGACGGGCCAGGAAAUUGCUUCCCUCAAGGGUCACCCGAACAAUGUGGUUUCCAUCAAGUACUGCAGCCACACAGGGCUGGUGUUCACCGUGUCUACCUCAUACAUCAAAGUGUGGGAUAUCCGGGACUCGGCCCGGUGCAUCCGCACCCUCACAUCUUCUGGCCAGGUGAUCUCUGGGGAUGCAUGUGCCGGUACCAGCACUCGCACUGUCACCAGCGUACAGGGUGAGCAUCAGAUCAACCAGAUCGCGCUCAACCCCAGCGGCACCACGCUCUACGCCGCCACCGGCAACUCUGUCCGCGUCUGGGAGCUGAGCAGGUUACAACCCAUCGGGAAGCUGAGUGGCCACAUCGGGCCUGUGAUGUGUCUCACAGUAAACCAGACUGCAAGCAACCAUGACCUGGUGGUCACGGGCUCCAAAGAUCACUACGUCAAGGUCUUUGAGAUCACUGAGGGCAUGGUGGGCAACAUUGGCCCCACGCACAACUUUGAACCCCCUCACUACGACGGCAUCGAGUGCCUGGCCAUCCAGGGAGACACCCUCUUCAGUGGCUCCAGGGACAACGGCAUAAAGAAGUGGGAUCUGGAGCAGCAGGAACUUAUCCAGCAAAUCCCCAAUGCACACAAAGAUUGGGUCUGUGCCCUGGCCUUCAUUCCUGGUCGCCCCAUGGUGCUGAGUGCCUGCCGUGGAGGCAUGAUCAAAGUGUGGAAUGUGGACACCUUCACCCCAGUUGGGGAGAUCAAAGGGCACGACAGCCCCAUCAACGCCAUCUGCACCAACUCAAAGCACAUCUUCACUGCCUCCAGUGACUUGACAGUGAAGCUCUGGAGUGGGAGGAGAUUACCUACUGGAUCCAACUAGGAGCUGCCAAAAGACUGGAAAAAGUGACAGGAGGGCAAAGGUCUUAGUCCCUCUACCUCACUAUUAAGACCUUAAUAUCUGCAAGAAUUCAGCCCGGUAAUGGGAACUUCUUUGUGCCUGAUCCCACAGGAUGGAUGAUGUCCUGUCUGGUACUUUGUGCACUGCCGGCUUCCAUGAGGAAGCAGCUUUGUGAGGCAUUGUCAUCUCCCCUUUUCCUCCUGCUGCAGCAUCCCGAUGGUUUUCUUGUGACUGGGAAACGCUUCAGCUCCCUUUUCGCUCAGCCUGCUGUAACACUUGAUGGGAUUCCUGGGUGUCGGAUUCCAGAUUGACUCCCUCUUGGUGACAUUGUUUACUCUUCUACUUGAAAUGUGUUCAUGCAGCCUUUGUCAGUGCUUCUUCAGUUGCUGUGGGCUCCAGAGCUGGUUCCUGCAGCAAUCUGUCUCCACCUCACAAUGUCAAAGCUGAUGGGUUUUGCUGGCCAGGACAACAGCAUGGAGGGGGCAGAGUGUGGUAUCCAUAGRUAUAUAACCCAGCACUGAAGGCUGCUUCCCUGGAGAAGUUACGCAUGGGAGAGUAACUCGGUGUGGUAGCAGAUCUGCAUAAGGGUGUCCAGUUGGAUCCAUUCCCCUCAAUCGGUCUACCUGGCCUUAAUGCUUGGAGAUGUGCAUUGGAUUUACCUCACUCAGCUGCUUUGCUGGGCCCUAGCCAUGGGCACAAAGAGUAGGGUCAGCCUGGAGACACCUUCCCUCGAUAACUUGAAGACCAAUUUGCUGCACGUUUCCUUCCCAGUCUCCACAUUGUGRUUAUAAACUUAGCUGAGCCAUUGCCAGGAGGCAGGAUUGGUGCUGGGCAUGGACAUGUGGGACUGGGUUCCAGCAGAGCCCGGAGCCAGAGGAUGCCCAGCAAGCUAUGGGUGUAGCUGGAGGAGAGGUGCGAGUCAUCUGUACUUGAAGCACAGGAAAGGGUUGCAUGCACUCGUCUUGCACUGAUUCACCCCAUGCUUGAAGGACAAGUGUGCGCGUUCUUCAUCCCCUGUAAAUGACCUCACAAAGUUCAGCUUCCGCAGAAGGCUGGGGACUCAUUCCAGGAGUUUGUUUCCCAGAGGACACCACCACUGUUCUCCCUUCCACCUGCUCAAGGGGCCGCCAAGGCCCCCUCACACUGGCACUUUCAUGACCCACUGGAUCAUCCCCCUCCAUCCUGUAUGGUAUCAGACAGGACUUGAUGUGAGACAGCAGAGGAGACGCUGGGAAAGGCACUCUYAUGUUCUUCCUCCCAUUUUGUCACAGAAGAAGCAGUAUUUGAACUCUGAUUUAAGGAUUUCUCCAUGUAAUCCCRCCAGUGCCAAACUGGGACCUCCAGGAUCUGCCUAAUUGCUCUUAAAAAAACACCCACUGUUUUAUCCCUGCUUUCUCCAAGAAUGGGUACUUGAAGACCAAAUCCAGUCUUUUUGCCACCAGGACUCCUCAAGACUAUUCCAGCUGGAAAGUGGGAAUUCUUCUGCAUUCCAAAACACAGGAGCAUCUCUAUUUAUUUGAUGGAUUUUUUGUUGUUGUCUUUUUAGGAAAAAAAAAAAUCCUGCUGCCACAUCCUGAUGGAAGGCAUGGUGGCUUGUUUGUACUCAUGAUACUGACAAGGACAGCGAACAGCCUUCUCCUGACAGUUGCCGAGCUCUGCUCAGCCUGGGAUUGUAGGCUGCUUUGGAGGUGAGGAGACCCCCUGGAGCCCCUAGCACCUGGAGCUGGCUCUGGCACUGCACAGGGGCUGAUGCCAGAGGGAUCCUAGUGUGGURGAGACUGAAGUUCUUGAAUGCAAGCUCCAGGACCUCUCCUGUCACCAGSAGAUGCUGGUGUACCCAGAGAGGUGACAGGA